CCCAUCGCGUCUGCUCUCUUCGCCGCCGGAGCAGCGAUGGCGACCGCGUCGCGACUGUGGAGCCACCUCCGCCGCUCCCGCCCUCGCUUCUCCUCCCUCUCCGCCGCUCCCUCUCUCUCCCCUUGUCCUCACUCCCGCGCUCAUCCUCGCUCCGGCCCCUGCCCGCUCCCUCCGCCUCUCCUCCGGCCCGGCCGUCGAUUUUCUUCUUCCGCUCCGUGGGGGCGCCGACGACGGCGACGGCGACGGCGAUUUCGGCUUCCGGGGCCCGGCGAGUCGGCGGCGUUCGUCCCCGACGUCGCGCGCGGCGCCGGGAUCGACGACGUGAUCGAAGCGGCCGCGAGCGGCGCGGAGGAGUCGAUUCUUCCCGUCAAAGCCUUGAUCUCUCUCCUCGAUGGUUAUCACGACGUCACUGGCUUGCCUUGGUGGGUCGUGAUCGCUUCCUCCACCUUGGCGUUGAGGGCGGCGCUCUUCCCCGUGCUCGUUUUGCAGCUGAAGAAGAUGAAGAGAAUUUCCGAGCUGUUUCCGAAAUUGCCUCCGCCCCUGCCACCGCCUUUCUCAGGAAGGAGUUAUAUCAAUCAGAUUUCACUCUUCCAGAGGGAGAGAAAAGCAAGUGGGUGCCCUUCGCUUUUAUGGUUCCUUGCAUACCUUUCUGUCCAGGUCCCAUUUUUUCUCCUAUGGAUGACUAGUAUACGGAGGAUGUCUCUUGACCAUCAUCCUGGAUUUGAUUGUGGCGGAAUCUUAUGGUUCCAGAAUUUAUCUGAACUUCCUCACGGCACCUUGGGCCACAUACUUCCCCUGGUGAUUGCUGGUCUGCAUUUUAUGAAUGUGCAGGUAUCUUUUUCCAGGAGAGAGGUUCGCGAAGUUAGUGGUGUGUUCGGCUUAUUAGCAAAGAUCUAUAAAUACUAUCUGUAUCUUAUGUCAGCCCCAAUCCUGUAUAUUGGUCACUGUAUUCCUCAGGGUAGUUUAGUCUACUGGGUGACCAAUGCUUCAGUGACUCUUUUUCAGCAAAUAGCUCUCAAGCAUCCAGCUGUUCGUUCAAAGUUGGGUUUGCUGGUGGAGGACAUCUCUAAAAGUGCUGCCAAACCUGAAGAGAUGGCGACAUCUCACCCUCCCUCAGAUUCCUCAAUGGAACAGAGUGAAGUUCCUGUGCAAAACUUAUCACCUAGACAACUGCAUUCUCUUUCAGUCGUGCUAAUUGCUAAGGGCCAAAUCUAUCAAGCUAUUCCUUUGCUUGAAUUGGCACUUGAGAAAGAUCCGGAAUGUGUAAGUGCAAUGAUUGGGUUGGGGCAGGCUUUAUUGCAAGAUGAAGAGCCAGCAGAGGCUGCUGAGCAUUUAGAGCGUGCUAUUUCCAAGAUUUUUGUUGCUCAUUAUCUUACGGAAGCUGAGUAUACAGAUCUUUUGGUUGGCGCAUCCCAGUGGGCUGGUUUUGCUUAUUUAAAGCAGGGCAAGAAAGAUGAAGCGCUUCGCCACUUGGAAAGAAUUCCUUUGCUGAAAGAACCGGAUGAACCAAAGAGCAAAGAGAUUUAUUACGAUGGGUUGGUCCUGCUAGCAGUUUGUUUGUCCAUCGAAGGUCGGAAGGCUGAAGCUGCUAAGCAUCUGCGUUUAGCUGUUGCUUAUGAUUCUUCUCACAAGUAUUUAUUGGAAAGUUUGGAGAAAGAUGAUGACAACUUAAUUAAUGAUCUCGUUAACAGCAGAAGAGCAGACUACUGAUCAACUUCUUACAGGACUUGGCCAUUGUCCUGUUCGUUUUCUGCAUGGUUUUACUCUCACCGGAGUGGCGAUUUUGGUUAGAACACUUGCCACUUUUUUAGGCCUUCAUUUCUUCACAAUGCCUUUCUCACAUUUGAUUACAAUAAUCCAUUGUUAUGUCAUAAGGCAAUUUUAUUAGAACGGCGCAUCGCAUAAUUGUUUCUGUACAUUAGGAUGGCAUAUGAAUGCCUUGAAUGUAUACGAUUCAUCACUUGUUUGUAAGAUCUGUUUAGUCUUCGGCGAUACAUUAUGACAUUUCAUGUAAGUUAUAUGUAUUUGACUGAUUACUUGGUAAUAGACUUAGAAGCCUUCGACAUGUUGCUGCUCA